AUGCCGUCCGACCUCGACUCGAUCGUCAAGGGCGCCGCCCCCCAACCCGCCACUGCCGAAGCUGCCAAAUCCGCGUCUGGCACCACGCCCAUCCAGCAUGCUAAUCCCUCCCACGUCGAUCCCCUGAAACCCUCGAGCGACCCGACGAAUAAUGCGCCCAACUCUCCGUCCAUGGUCUACCUGAACCUCCUGAUCCUCGAAGCGUCCCUCCGCGCCCAAUUCCUCGAGCUCCGCGCCCGCCGGAGGCACCACACCUUCUUCUUCGCCCUCCUCGGCGUGUGGAUUGUCUUCUUCACAUACAAGCUCUUCUUUGCACCUCGGGAAGAUGGGCAGGGUGUGGGCGGAUCCAUCUACUGGGCAUUGGAGGGCGUCCAAAAGGUCUGCUUCAUGGGUGGUAUCUGCACGGCCAUCCUCGUCUGGUCAGUUGGUAUCUGGGAGCGCGGUAUCCGCUGGCCUCGGCGGUGGUUCGCCAUCUCGAACCGCGGCCUGCGUGGGUUCAACUGCAAGCUCGUCCUCAUCCGCAGCUCCUGGUACGCCGAGGCCCUCUCAACCGUGGGGUUUUUCUUGACGUAUGGACUCUUUUCCCACACCGCUAGCUCCUCUUAUCGACACGUGGAACCUGGGAUCUUGCGGGAGGUGGAGCGUGAGCUGUCCCUGACAACGGACGCCCAUCCUACGCUUGUGCUGCCGCAGGACGACGAAGAAAAGGGCGGACAUCAGGAGGACCUGGCCCCGGGAGGAGACUACGUGAAGCUUCUCUUGCUAGCCAAGCCAUUCUCGUCCAACUUUCGAGAAAACUGGGAGCUUUACCGAACAGAAUACUGGGAGAGAGAGAACGAGCGGAGGGCUCUGCUGCGCAAGAAGGUGCGGGAGCACGACCGUAAACUGGCCAAGCAGCAAUUUGGCUGGCUCUGGUGGCUGCCGUUUCGUCGCGUACGCUCCGCGCACCACACGCAUCAUGCCGAGCAUCACGAGCCGAAGCCGCAUCUCCAUCGCCAUCCGGCCGUCGAGCGGGAGCGGAAACGUCGCAGUAGUUCUGUGCGCCGCGGCUCGACGAGCUCUUCGCGACCGCAGACGCCCGCCCUCGAGUCCGUCGAGGAGCCCUCCGUGUCUCGCCGACCGAGCUCGGCGAGUGAGAAGAGGAGGAAGGCAAGGACAUCCGUCUCGUCCCCUGGCACUGGAGGUAUCGCGGCAGCCAAAGGCGGCAAGAGAUCGGGCACUGAGUCGAGGAGCGUGACGCCCGAGGUGACGUCUCCUCUGGCGAGGGAGAGCAGUGCUUCCGGGACAGAGGGGCGGGUGUUGAGGAGCAACAAAGAUGCGAAGAAGUCGGUGGAGUAG